AGUGUGUGGUGAAAUCUUUCCAGACGGAGGUGGUUCCAUGCAGCUCAUCACUGCUGAGCGCCAGAUCUCAGCAGAAGAAAACAUCACUUAUUGUGAAAGCCAAUCUUUUUAGACAUGACUGAACAUGAGCUUGCACCUACUCUUACUGAAAUACCUCCUAUAGCUCCAGUUAUCAAUGGGGAUCCCAUGCAUCAGAUGGAGAGUUAUCAUCAGGACACCACUGUUGGAACACAGUAUACUAUUAAUUAUUCACAAAUGAUGACUCAUCCCCAGAGAUAUACCAGAUGGCCGUCUUGUCCUCCAUACCAGAUACAACAAAUUAUACUCGUGCAAGUUAACCCUGGGGAGACCCUCACCAUCAAGUCUGAUGACGGGAAUAUUCAGAAUAUUCAAGGACCCGCCGAUGUACCUCUGAUGUCACCAAGUGGUACUUUGCCACCAAUAUAUCUUCCUCCUGGUUACAUGUCUCAGGUUGUGGAAGAUAAUGGGAUUCGCAAAAUUAUCAUUGUGCCUCAGACAAUUGACUAUCACAGGACCAUGCCUGCUCCUAUACAACAAGUAUCACACUUCAUUGCACCAUCCUCUUCUGUGUAUCCACAAGCCCCUCAACUGAUGUAUCCCCCAGCUCAAGGGGAAUUUCCACCACCUUACAUCCAAGAGCCUGUGCCACAGCAGUUGCCACCACCACCACCGCUGCCACCACCACCAGCAACAUUCAUAUACCAUGAGCAACAUGAAACCUAUUCCCAUGAAAGAGCAAAUUAUAACCAACUUGAUGAAAGGUCUGCUAAAAUGGGAGAAUAUAUGAAGAAAAAAAUGAGAGAAUGCCAAGUUGAUGGACACAAGAAUAGCUAUGUGGUUAACAACACCUCUUUGCUUGUGAACAAAACUAAUGAUUUUUCCAGUAUUCCUGGUAUUCCAAGUACUUACACUGUGGACUGUGCUCCAGGCACCUACACUGUUGACAAUACUUUGAGCACCUUCACUGUGGACAGUGCUCCACACACCUACACUGUUGAUAGUACCUCAAGCACCUACACUGUGGACAAUACUUCGAGCACCUACACUGUGGACAGUGUUCCACACACCUACGCUGUCGAGAAUACUUUGAGCACCUACACUGUGAACAAUACUUUGAGCACUUACACUGUGGACAAUGCUCCGAGUACCUACACUGUGAACAAUGCUCCGAGCACCAACACUGCAAACAAUGCUCUGAACAUUUACACUGCUGACAAUACUCCCAAUACUUACACUGUUGACAACCCUCCAAGCACUUACAUUGCUGAUAAUACUCCCAGCGAUUCUUCUACUGACCAUGCUUCUAGUACUUCCACCACAGACACUUCUCUGCACCCUUCCACCACUGAUGGUAUUCCGAGCCCUCCCAGCACUAAUCAUGCCCCCGAGACUUCCACCUCUGACAGUACUCUCAGACCAUCAUCUAUUGACAGUACUCCAAGUUCUUCUAUUUCUGACCGUACUCCCAACACUCCCAUCUCUGAAAGUGCUCUCAGCACUUCUGCUACUGAUGGUGCUCUCAGUACUUCCAAUGCUGCCAGCAUUUCCGAUGCUUCCAGUGCUCAUAUUGAGACUAGUGAUGGAAAGAAACAAAGUGCUACAGGAAGUGGAGACAUUAAGCAGAAACCAGACGGAAAACAAAACAAGAGCCCAUCAUCAAAUGCUGCAGAAAAAGAAUGCAGAACAGAACAUGGAAAAUCAUGCUGUUUCAGCAUAGAGAAACCUGUAGUUUCUGAUAUUCAAUCAAGAUCUGCUGUUAUUUCAUGGAAACUGCAUGGUUCUGAGAAAUGUGACCAUACUAAAUCUCCUGUAAUAUUUGAAUUGGCAAUAUCUCACAGCAGUAAAAAUGGAAAAUAUAAAAAUGUGUAUACUGGUGAUGGAGUUACAUUUACUCUACUUGAUCUACAACCAUCCAUGGCCUAUUUUGUAAGAAUUACAAGUCUAAGAGGCUCAGCACACAGAAUGGUGUCUGAAGUGGUUAGCUUCACAACUCCAGGUUGCAAACCAGACCCUCCACUUGCACCCAAACUGAUUAACCGAUCCAAGAGCAGCCUGAAUUUACAUUGGAAGGGCUCCAACGAUAAUGGUUCCAAAAUAAACAGCUUCCUUUUGGAAUGGGAUGAGGGCAAAGGUGAAGACUUCAAAAGUUGCUAUGUGGGUACCAUGAAACAGCACAAGAUCCUUAAACUGAAUGCUUCUACAAAAUAUUCAUUCAGAUUAGCUGCCAAAAAUAACUUUGGCUUGAGUGAUUUCAGUGAAAUAGCAGUCUUUCAUACAUCAGGAACUAUGCCUCCAACACCUUCACCCCCGAAACUAAAAGAAGCAGGAAUCUGUAAUAUGACAUUAGAAUGGUGUGCCCCAACUAACACAAGCCCAAAUGACGGUCUUACUUAUGUACUAGAAAUGGAGGAAGCAGGAUCCGGGCUGGGUUUUAAACCUAAAUACAAUGGAGAAGACCUCUCAUGCACUAUAAGAAAUCUUCAGAGGAGUACUACAUACAAGUUCAGGAUCUUUGCCUACAGUAUGGAAGGAAGGAGUAACCCCAGUGGAGAGGUAAAAUAUACUACCUGUCCAGACAAGCCUGGAUCCCCUAAAAAACCAUAUACAAAGGGAAAGAUCCAUGCACACAGAGUGAAAAUUGGAUGGGAACCACCCAAAGAUAAUGGUGGGACAUACAUUUCAAGUUAUAGUUUAGAAGUUAGUGAAAAUUCAGAUGUGAAUUUCUGGAACAUAAUCUACAAUGGAACCACAAGGGAAUUUCUAUAUGAUCACCUGCAACCUGGUACUACAUAUAAACUGAGAGUCUUUUGCACUUCACCUAUAGGCCAAAGCCAGCCUUCAGAUAUAUUGACUAUUCAAACACCUCCUCUUUCUCCUGCAUCUUGCUGUCCUCCACCCUUGAAUGGUAAAGCGAAGUCCAAGGAAACCAAUAUACAAUGUGACAAUCCUGCUAAUGGAAACUCUGAAGCACUUGCAUGUGUCAAAAAGGCAAAAGGUAACCAAGACGACACACAAGGGCACGCUGGCUCUGAAGCAAGAUGCGUAUUUGGAUCUCAUUCAAUGAAGUGUGAAACUGUGACAGUCCCAAGCCCUCCUUCUCAAUGUGGUACACCUGUGCUAACCUGCAAGGGUCCAACCUGUGUUGCUGUUAGUUGGGAAAUUCCUGUAUGUAAUGGUGCUGAAAUCACUGAUUACAGACUAGAGUGGGGACAAAUUGAAGAAUCAAUGCACUUGAUUUACACUGGCCCUUGUCUGAACUAUGAAGUUAAAGGUCUCGUUCCUGCAACUACAUAUUUUUGCAGAGUUCAGGCUGUAAAUAUAGUUGGAGUUGGAAUGUUUGGAGGAACUGGUAUGGUAACCACACCAGCAACUGUACCAGCAGUAGUACCAAUGCUACAUGAGGUUGAAAACAAAGUUCCAGCCAAAUUGGCAUCAUCUUGCAUUGCUAUUCAGUGGGAGGAACCGGAUUGCCAUGGCUCUCCAAUCACUGGAUAUAACGUUGAAUAUGGAGACAGAAAACUUUUGACUGUUGAUAGAGUAACAGAAUGUCUUCUGAAAAAUCUACAGCCUGAUACCACAUACAAAAUCAGAAUUCAAGCUAUCAAUCAUUAUGGACUAAGCCCUUUUAGCCAAUCAAUAAGAGCCAAAACCAAGCCACUACCACCUGAGCCUCCACAUCUUGACUGUGUGGUCUGUGGACACCAGAGCCUCAAACUGAAAUGGGGUAACUCUUCAAGCAAAGGGUUACUUUCCAACCUUAUAAGCUACAAUUUGUUAAUGGGAGAUCGAUCUGGCAGAUUUUGUAUCAUUUACAAUGGACCUUGUCAGACUCACAAAGUGCAAAGACUGAGUGAAUAUACUCAAUACAAAUUUAAAAUCCAGGCAUGUAAUGAAGCUGGUGACGGACCACUGUCUGGUAUCUAUACCUUCACUACAACCAAAACCCCACCAGCCACACUUAAAGCACCUAAAUUACGUCAGGUGAAUAGCAAUAUUUGCGAGGUCAAAUGGGAAUCUUUGGAGCCAAUAAAAGGAGAUCACAUUGUUUACAAUCUUCAACUCAUCAGUGAAAAAGGAACUGACCUGAUUUACAAAGGACCGAACACUUCAUUCUCCUUUUCGAACUUUCUCCCAAAUUCACAUUAUCGCUUCAAGGUCUGUGCUGGACGCCAAUAUCAGACUUCUGCUGGGAUACAAGAGCUCUGGGGACCAUAUAGCCCCAGUGCUCUGCUCUCAACUCAUAAGCAACAGCCAGGGGCUGGCAAAGGCCGUGGAGGAAAGGGGAGAAGCAGCCUGAGUGAAGAAAAAAAUGAAAAGACCAGGAUAGAGAUGAGUGAUGAUACGUUUGUUCUAAUCCUUGUGAUAGGAUUUGCACUAGUUGCCAUUCUAUGUGCUGUUGCAAUUCAACACUUCCUAAUCAAUUAAUCUAUUUUUUUGCAUUUUUACUUUUUUAGGAAGUUCUAAAAUAAAUUACAUAAAAUAUAGAAAUUGCUAGAUACACUUCAAUUCUUACUUACAAGUAAAUCUCAUUUAGUAGAAAUCCUUACAAACAUUUACCUGAUACCAAAAGAACUGCCUUACUUUCAAGAAAAUCGAUGUGACAGCAGAAGAUAUUUUUUUAGGAAAUAAUUUUAUUUUAAAUUUGUGAAUUUUAGCAAUAAAAACACUUUCACUUUUAUGUACAACCAUCUAAAACCUCUCAUGAAAACUAUUCUCUGCCUUAAUUUUUCAAAUGAAUAUUUUGCAAACUUUUUAGAAGUAUGAGAGAAUACCAGCAUUUUGGAAUUUUAUUUAGAACAAAGUGGGAAAAAUCAAUUCUACAUGUCAACUUACAUUCAUAUGAAAUAAUAAAAA